CACGCAGUGGCGAAGGAUUUGACCCGGAAGAAUCAGCUUGCUUCGAGCUGUUUCACGUCCGAGCGGGUAGUAGCUCCUUUUUGGAUGCUUUGGGUCUUUCGGAGGAGGAGAGUCAGGAAUGGUUCGUGGAAUCGCGCGACUUGCAGAAGAUGAUCAAAGCCUAUUCGGACAAUGGAAAGAUGCAAAUAACCGCACAAGGAGGUGGGGAUGUGCCAAGUCGUGUACUUUCUGAACGUAUUCGCAAUGACAUGUGGGAGCACCUACCUCAACAUAUGGCCACGGUACGGGAAAAGCUAGCGGAGAAGCAUGAUAUCACUGCGUUGCGAUUGAAAUCCGCCUUCGCGUGUAUAAAAGAGCGAUACCUGAACAAACGUGCGGUGUUGCUCGGGGAACAGGACACUAUACGGCGCUCAGUUGAGGACAAUGCUGCGUCGGCUGCAAUACCCAACCUGUUCCUGUCUAAGGGGGUUAUCGAAGUUGAAGCAAAAGCAAGAGUUGCAUCAUCGACAUCCCCGUCAAAAGCCAAUUCCACGUCUAAAGCUGUAAUUCUUCCACAACAGAAGGUAGAACAGCAUGACCAGCAUUCAAAGAUGGAUCGUCGACGUGCUGCUGCUCUUCGUGCUAGACCGGAACGUUGGGCAGCCGAAGCUGUUUGGCGCGCCAAAUUUGGGGUCACGAACCGUCGCGUUGCCUUCGUCCAUGGAUUGGAGUUUGUCUACGAGCUCUUGGGCCUUGCAUCGGCUGUGGUGGAUACGCUUAGACAGGCGCGACAGCAGCCAACAGUGGACAGGACAGGGAUAAGGAUGACAAAAAAACGAGAAUCUUGGUUGAGAGAUCAACUAAAGGCACGCACAACCCUCGCGCUGUACGGUGGUGACGCUGGCGCGGCUGUGAGCGGCAAUGCGCUUGCUUGGUCAGACAUUGCUCUUUUUCCACUGUUGCGGCAACCACCUCAUCUUCAUACUAGCUCUUCUGUUGGCAAAAAGACGACUUCUACAGCCCUACUUUUUGAUCUCCCUAUUGCCUACGAAUCGGACUAUGCCAG